CUCCAGGACACUCAGCUUAUCCUUCUUCUUCAGCUGGAGAAGCUCGAGAGAGAUCAUCAAUGGCGUCAGAGAAGAGCAAGGUCCUGAUCAUUGGAGGAACGGGAUACAUUGGAAAAUUCAUAGUUCAUGCAAGUGCCAAGCUAGGGCAUCCAACCUUCGCCCUUGUUCGGGCCGCCACCGCCUCUGAUCCGGCGAAAACCGAGCUUAUUAAUGGAUUUAAGAGCGCUGGAGUUACCAUUGUCCAUGGGGAUUUAUAUGAUCAUGAGAGCUUGGUGAAGGCCAUCAAGCAGGUUGAUGUUGUGAUUUCAACCGUGGGGUUCAUGCAAUUGGCUGAUCAAACUAAGAUCAUUGAUGCCAUUAAACAAGCUGGAAACAUCAAGAAGUUCUACACCUCUGAUUUCGGGCUUGAUGUGGAUCGUGGGCAUGCUGUUGAACCGGUUAAAUCGACUUUUGCAACCAAGGCUCAGAUCAGAAGAGCAGUAGAAGCAUCAGGAAUUGGAUACACCUUUGUUUCUAGCAACUACUUUGCAGGCUAUGCCCUGCCUACUUUAGGACAAGUUGGUGGCCCUCCAACUGAUAAAAUAGUUAUAUUGGGUGAUGGUAAUCCCAAAGGUAUCUUUGUUGCCGAGGAGGACAUUGCAACAUACACAAUUAAAUCUGUUGAUGAUCCAAGAACACUGAACAAAAUUCUUUACUUAAGGCCUCCUGGCAAUAUUUACUCUCACAAUGAGCUAGUUGCUCUCUGGGAGAAGAAGACAGGCAAGACACUGGAGAAAAUCUAUGUCCCUGAGGAUGAGGUUCUCAAGAAGAUCCAAGAGUCUCCAAUCCCAUUGAACAUCAUGCUGGCAAUCAAUUAUCUGGUUUUUGUGAAGGGUGAUAACACUAACUUUGAGAUAGAACCAUCUUUUGGAGUGGAGGCUUCUGAACUCUAUCCUGAUGUGAAAUACACCCCUGUUGAUGAAUUGCUCAAUCGUUUCAUCUGAAUGUGUUUCACCACAAGCACUGUUACUUUGAGAGUUUCUGUGGAUAAUAAUAACUAUGGCUGGGAGUUUGCUUGUUUUCUUUGUUGGUCUUGUUACCUUUCAAAGAAUGUAAACUUUCUUGCUGUCGUAGUGUUGCUUGUUUGAUGAGAUUGGCCUUUUUUAAGUUCUCAAUUUGUUUCUUUUGUCA